GGGCGGCGGGGGAGGCCGUUUAAAGUGGCGCUCGCGGCGCGAGGGGGAUGGCGGAGCUGUCGGACUACCCUCCCUUCCAGCUGGGGAAGCCCCGCUUCGAGCAGACUUCGUUUUAUGGACGAUUCCGGCACUUCUUGGAUAUCAUUGACCCACGCACUCUCUUCGUGUCUGAGAGUCGUCUAAAAGAAGCAGUGCAGUUGCUGGAGGAUUAUAAACAUGGGACCUUACCCCCAGGAGUCACCAACAAAGAGCUGUGGGGAGCUCAAAAAAUAAAGCAGGCCAUCAUACAUCCUGAUACAAAUGAGACUAUCUUCAUGCCUUUCAGAAUGUCAGGUUACAUUCCUUUUGGAACACCCAUCGUUGUUGGUCUUCUCUUGCCAAACCAGACGCUGGCAUCCACUGUUUUUUGGCAGUGGUUGAACCAGAGCCACAACGCAUGUGUCAACUAUGCAAACCGAAAUGCAACAAAGCCUUCUCCGACAUCCAAGUUCAUCCAGGGCUACUUGGGAGCUGUCAUAAGUGCUGUCUCAAUAGCCGUGGGCCUUAAUGUUCUGGUUCAGAGAGCGAACAAGUUUACCCCAGCCACCCGUCUCUUGAUCCAGAGGUUUGUGCCAUUCCCUGCUGUAGCUAGUGCCAAUAUCUGCAACGUAGUCCUGAUGAGGCACACAGAGCUGGAAGAGGGGAUUGACGUCCUGGACAAUAAUGGAAACAUCGUUGGAUCUUCCAGAAUUGCUGCCAAACAUGCACUGUUAGAGACAGCCUUGACUAGAGUGGUCCUGCCAAUGCCUAUACUGGUUCUACCUCCAAUUAUUAUGUCCGUCCUGGAAAAGACGUCUCUCCUGCGAUCCCAUCCCCGGAUGAUCCUCCCAGUGCAAAGCCUUGUGUGCCUCGCUGCCUUUGGCCUGGCUCUCCCGUUGGCCAUCAGUCUCUUUCCACAGAUGUCUGAGAUUGAGACAUCACGACUCGAGCCAGAAAUCGCAAUGGCCACUACCAGUAAGACUGUUGUCUACAAUAAAGGACUGUUAGGUUUCAGGAUCUCCCGAGCUGCAGAGUAUGACGAUCGCUGCAUGCCAGCACUGGAUCCUAAUAGUUUGCCAGGUUCUUCUGCUACAUUGGCCUCCAUAGGAGUGGGGCGUCUUCAAGAGGACUGGCACGGAGCCUGGCAUCGUUCGUGCCUUUGGUCUUGCAUCCGGUCCCCAGUGGAAGCAGCAUCAGUGGCGAGCAACUUGUUCUGGUAGGAGUUGUGCGCUGCGUUGUUCAGGGGUGA